AUAGUUAAAGAAUAACCAGCGAUGACGAAAAAACGCAUUCACAAUAUACAUGACGGAAACAUUUAUAAAGGACUGUUGUUGGACGCCUCACAGAUCUUUGAAACAGAACUUGACUACGAGUAUUCUGAAAGUCUUCUAGCCUCCAAUGAUGACAAGUUAGAAGCACAAGCUUCUAAAUUAAACAGCCCUGAAGACGUUUACUCUUCUGCUCUUCCAAAGGCUUCUGAAACGACACACUUGCCGCCCAACGAAGUUCUUCGACCGCAGCUGUCGUACAAAGAUGUUCUACGACAACAGCAAGCAACCAAAGAGGUAGAAUUACAACUUCCAUCACGGUCAGAUGUCAACAAAAGAUGCCAUGAGCCUAUGCCACCAGGCGUCCUUGACCUUCAGCGAAUGGCUGACAGGUUCGCUAGAGCCAAAGCUGGCAAAUUGAAAGACAUUGAAAAAAUUGUAUACGCAGCUGGGGGAUUUAACUAUGGGGUGGUGACCAGAGUUGACAAAUUGUUAGAGGAGGCAUACAACAUGUUGCAUACGUUUCAAAAUAAGCUUGAUUUUACAACCAGAACAAAACUCCUCAACUUGAUCCUUGCAUUGAAUGAGCUCCCACAUCUACACGAUUCUACACAGCGGGAGAAAGGAAAGUGUACACGUGUUGUAGACUGGCUCAAUAAUCGCACCAGUCAACCCGAGCCAGAGUUAUAUGGCUUCACAAUGCAAGAUCCAGUACAGAUUAGAAAAUUUGUUGCCGAUCAUAUCCAGCCAAGAGUGUCUACAAGUGACAUAAAUGUCACACUUGGAAAGCGGAAACGUGCCUGUGAGGAUUCUUGCGAACAUAACAUCAUCAAUGUUCAAAAAUGUAGUUCCGAUACUCGAAUCUACGUGCAUGCUGACUGGUCAAUAUUGACCGCUAGGGUAAAGCGGAGAAGACUUGGAACUGAUUGAACUCAUCUUUAAAAACCUUUUAUCCGAGUUA